GUCUCCAUCAUGGCUGAUGACUGGGGAGAAUCAGAUGACACUCCUGCUGUUGUAGCACCAGAAGUACCAGAUAUCAAACUGUUUGGUAAAUGGAGCACUGAAGAUGUUCAAGUCAGUGACAUCAGCUUAACUGACUACAUUGCCGUCAAAGAAAAGUAUUCUACAUACCUUCCCCACACAGCUGGUCGUUAUGCUGCCAAGAGAUUCAGAAAAGCUCAGUGCCCUAUUGUUGAGCGUAUCACCAACUCCAUGAUGAUGCAUGGGCGUAACAAUGGCAAGAAACUCAUGACAGUCAGGAUUCUCAAACAUUCUUUUGAAAUCAUUCAUCUUCUGACAGGAGAGAACCCUCUUCAGGUCCUUGUAAAUGCUAUCAUCAACAGUGGACCUCGUGAGGAUUCCACCCGUAUUGGACGUGCCGGUACUGUUCGUAGACAGGCUGUUGACGUGUCUCCUCUCCGACGUGUGAACCAAGCCAUCUGGCUUCUGUGUACAGGAGCUAGGGAAGCUGCUUUCAGGAACAUCAAAUCUAUUGCUGAAUGUUUGGCUGAUGAACUGAUCAAUGCUGCCAAGGGAUCAUCUAACUCUUAUGCCAUCAAGAAGAAAGAUGAAUUGGAGCGUGUAGCCAAGUCCAACCGUUAAGAAAAUAUGUGUAAUAAUUUUACAGCAUAACAAUAAAGAGCUGCUGAGAAAUUGUCUCUUCUGA